AUGGGAAUCUUUGCUUUGCUGAAGACCAGCAUUGCCAGUGAUUCAUUGAAACUCUUGAAUGAGUAUCUGAAGUUCAAUACUCGGCUGGAAGAAUCCAGGUUCGAAUUGGAAUUCCUCAAUGAAUGCGUGCAGGCAAACCGCUAUCCAAAGCACUUUUGGAGGGAAAUACGGCGGUGUGGCCUCUACCCAAACGCAAAAAGCUUGAAGAGACAUGCGCUCAAUUAUGUGGACUCCGUCCGCAUUAAAAUGUCGGAGCUGGAGAGAUUCAUUUCGCAAAGAUUACCAGCGGUGUUACGCCUUCCUGAAGACUUGAGACAACCUUUUGAGGAAUAUGUAGAACUGGUUAAGCAAAAAAUGGGAGUAAGGAAACAAAAGUAG